AAAACUAAUAGUAAAGUAAUGUUAUGGUAUGCAACCAACAUUACGCCAAUAAUAAAAGUCACAAAACAUCGUUAUUAAAUCAAAUUUAAACGUUAUUAAGUAAUGGAUGGUUAAAAUUUACGGCACACAAGUCGAGACAAAUAAAAUUCGUAAAACCGGCGUAAGGCGCGUUUCGCCAUCAAUUCGAAUUUGUCAGAAGCCCGCGCCUUUGAACAAACAAAAUGGCACGCGCAAACUAACAGAUACGAUGUGUUUAUACGGGCCCAUAAAUCGAUUUUCCUUCAGUCACCUAAAAGUCGUGUGCGGGCGUGUUGUAACAUGACCGGAACGUACACGGAGAUCUUCUUCGCCGUCUGCAUUUUAAUAUUGCCGUUCUUGUACGAGUCCAGCCAUGUAUUUAGGUACCAUUUGAAAUUUUUCCUUUAUUAUGGGAUUACGAUGGUCAAUUCGGUCAUACUCAUACCGGUGUUUUGCUUUCGGCCCAAGGAUGUGAAGAAUUUAUUGCUGGCGUCAACCUUUUGUCGCAUCUGUUCUACGUUAAUUGGCAUACGAUGGAUUCUCAAGGGACAGGAGAACUUGGAAAAGGAUCAGUCCUGCGUUAUCGUGGCAAAUCACCAAAGCUCACUGGAUAUUUUGGGCAUGUUCGAGCUGUGGCCCCACAUGAACAAGUGCACCGUAAUAGCCAAGCGGGAGCUCUUCUACAUGUGGCCCUUCGGCCUGGCCGCCUGGCUGUGCGGCCUCAUCUUCAUUCCGAGGGUGCAAAAGGACAAGGCGAAGUCCGUCAUGAACGAGGCGGCCGAGGGGAUCAAACAGACCAAUACCAAAUUAUGGAUAUUUCCUGAAGGAACUAGGAGGAACACAGGUGAAAUCCACCCUUUUAAAAAGGGGGCCUUUCACCUGGCCAUAACGUCCCAACUACCCAUCGUACCGGUGGUUUACAGUCAGUAUUACUUCUUAAACAAGCCAGCGAAGAGGUUCGACCACGGUAAAGUGAUUAUAAACGCAUUACCGCAGAUCGAAACCAAAGGCCUGACCGUCAAUGACAUAGACAAACUGAUGGACCAAGUCAGGGACGUGAUGACGACCACAUUCCACGAAAACAACAAAUUCCUCAAAGAGUCCCUGAAGAAUCCGGCAAUCUGUCGGAGUUAGUGCCCAUUAAACAGUAUUAAUUUGUAAGGGCCUAACUGUAUCAAGCAAUCGAAACUUGUUGGAACAUUUUUUGUACUGUUGUUGUUUAAAUUUUAAUCGGUGAUGAUUUUAGCCACUGUUUAAAACAAGAAACAUUGCUCACCUUUUUAUUUUUUAAAUAUUGAACACGUAAGGUAAAUGUGCAGGCAUUUACCUCAAUUAUCUAACACUGAAUUGCUUUAAUUACGUUCCGGACACACCACAAGAUGUGUAAGUGAUGUAAUUGAAUGAGCACCAAAGAAAACUCGCAGCAAAACUACAGUUUUGUGAUAUUUAAAAUGUUUUUAUAUUUAUUAUGAAAUUGGCUAUUUAGUUUGUAUACAAAUAUAUUUUUACAUUUAUCCUUUAUGUAUUUUUAUAUUUAAACGUGCCAUAUUCUUCUAAAUUACCAAACUGAAAUUACAUGUGUCAAAGCAGUGUUACAAAGAGUAAAUUCGGUUCUAGUGUAGGACAAAUGUGAUUACAUUUUAUUAUUAUAUUUUUAUUAUUUUUGUCACACUUUUGUUAGUUAUAAAACCAUGAAUUUUGAAAAGUACUAUAAUAAAUGAAGUCUGUGAAGUGUCUUAUAAAUUUUUGUACUCUUUAUAUCGCCACUAUUGAAGUAUUGACUUGUAUUUUUUACAUAUCAGUCAGUUUUAGCUAUGAACACCAAAUAAACUUCAGUUUUUGCCUAGAUUUAUAAUUAAAUGCUAUGUAAAAUGUAUUAAAUUAACAAUAAAUGAGUGCAAGACA